AUGAACCAUGCCUAUCAGAACCAACUUGUUGUUCCACAAAUACAGUCUUGCUGGAACCCAAAAGACCUUUUCAACAUCACCAAAGGCACUUCUGCGAUUUGGUGUGUCGGAAGAUACGUCAGCUAUCCUGGUGGCUCCUGCAGUCGAAACUCUAGUCCUAGACGAUCGGCAGAAUUGGCUAACCGGGAAGUUGAAGGCUUGUUACAACACAUGUCUAUGACACUUGGAACAGUUCAGAACAAUGAUCUGUAUAGACUGGCCAAUCUCUGUCUUUGCACUAUUCAUUCAGGACAAAGCACGGAGGUCGUAACAAAAUGGAUGCAUAUCAUUGAAAGCGCUACAAGACACCACUUGAAUCUUUCACGGUUUUCUGAUGCGAGCGUUCGACUAUCUCUUACUAAGCUGGAUCUUGACACCAGCAUUCACCACAAUAACGUUCUCCAACAGGAACUUAAAUCUUGGCAAGAAAAAACCGCAGCUCUAGUGGGCAGCUCGGAGUUGGAAAGGAAGAAGGCUGCUCGGUUUUCCGUCAAGGCAGAAAAGCAGAUCAGGGACUUGGAAAUAAUGAUAUCCUCGGCAAAACAAGCCCUCAAAAAGAUGGAAGUCGAGGCCACGAAUCAGGGUCUUACUAUAACAGGCUUGAAGUCUACUAAGACGCACCUUGAGAUAACAGUAAAUAAGUCAGCUGUUGAGAUAAAGGCUCUCUACACAGAGAAAACUGAAGCAUACGAUAAAAUCCAACUUUUGCAGACUGAGCUCGGUGGUCUUCGCCAGAAAGAGGAGGUUUCUGCGCAGAACCUUGAAAAGUUACAGGCCGAGUUUAAUAAUGUCGAGUACCGCAGUCGUCUCAUGGCAGAAGACCUCGGGGGGAAAGAAGAACUGCUGAAGAAGCAGAAUACUGAUAUGGUCCACGCUAAACGACAUAUCGAACAGCUAGAGCUACAAAUCUUGCAACUGAAAGAUUCAGGGGACAGUCUAAGACAAAGCAUAGCGGAAUGUUGGUUUCACAGGUUAUGCGAUUGGUUCAGUGAAAUCUUGGUAAGAAGAUCGAAGGAUCUGGAAUUAAAAGGAGCUGACUACAGUAUAAUCAAGACGGACGGCGUUGUCGAGUGUUGA